AUGGAGAUCGACCGAGCAUCUGGACCACCACCGGACGGAAACGGGGCUCGCUCCCCACUUUCGACGUCUCCCGCCUCACCAGCCAGUGGGCGGCCGAGGGCCAAGAUUAUCAGGAAUCAGAACGCCUGCGACGCAUGUCGGUCCCGCAAAGUCAGAACACGCACAGCAACACCGGCAGCAACAACACGAGCAACAACUCCAACAACAGCGAGCAAAUACUACCACAUCAGCCGCCAGCCAGGGGAGUCCGUCAUUAUCAGACAUCACCUCACCAGACACCUGCGCGCCAUCAUCGCAGGCGCGCCGAGUCCCAACACCACCACGGGAUCCCAUCACAGCAACCGUCUCGCCCUCUUCGCCCCCGAAGACCUCAUCAAGCGGAUGCUCCACGACUGGUUCGAGAAAGUCCACGCUCUGGCACCCGUCCUCCACAGGCGUCGCUUCCUGCACCGCCUCAAAGCCGGCGAGGCCAACACCGACCGCACCUUUUGCGCCCUCGUAGUGAGCGUCUGCGCCGCGACAGUGGCGACGCUGCGGAGGGUUGAUUACAGCCCCGUCACGGUCGAGCGGUGCCUGGACUUCAUCGAGGAGCAGCACCUGCUCGACCACGGCCUCAGGAAGCCCGUUUACUCGCUGGACUGGUGCGUCGCAAUGUACAAUAUCGGCACGUCGGCCAGUUCGAUGAACGAGGACGGGCUGGGGGACAUGGGUUCGUUCCAUGGUAUGUCCGAGGCGGCAGCGGGGGCGAGAUUCCUUGCGUACUACCGCAUGGCGGACCUGGAUAUGUCCGAGCAGCAGCUGCUGAAGAGGCUCUUUUGGCUGAUCUUUGCGGCGUAUUGUAUCGUCUCUCAUCAAGAGAACCGCGCGCACCUGCGCCCUUUACCCCUGACAGACUCGCAACUCGAGACAGGGCCACAGCUGUCCCACGCGGAAUUACCGCCGUGGCAUGGCGACACAACUUCCUACGUCCCGGGGUUGAACCAGCUAAGCGACCUCUUCCUGAUAUGGCACGAGGCGCAAACCGCGCCCAUAAGCCUGUACGGCGGCCAAGAAGAGGCCCUCAAACACUGGCUCGCCAAAAUCCAAACAAUUAUUGACAACUUCCCACCUGAACUACGCUGGCGCGGGGGUCUGUCCCGCCCCUGUCACAUUACAGAGGGCCACGACACGCAAAUCGCGAACCUCUUCAUCACGAGCCUCAACAUCCGCUCCAACCUGCUGCAAAAGUUCGGGUCGACCGUCAAGACGCGCGCGGCGGAACAUCAACGCAUCGUCGACGACCUACUCGAGAUCCUGUACCACAUGCCGCAGCACGUCCUGGAGCAGAACGGCAACAGCCUGAUCCCGAAGCUGAGGGACUGCGGGGCGGCAUACAUGGAGCAGAUGGACGUUGGCGACGGCGCUCUUGUGAGCGAAGGCGCUAGGCUGAAGCUGGAGAAGUUGUUGCGGAAGCUGGAUGAUAUUGACUGCUGGCCUGGCUUACCUGGGAUCGAGAGUCCGCAGAGUAAUAGGCAAUGA